AAACGCUCCGAAUGGCAAACAACCCGGGAAGAAUGAAGUUGGCAAACAAACCUGAUGCUGCCUUGCUUAAAUGCAUCGAUUUUAUUGGAUUUGCUACUAAACACGUGUAGCAGAAGAUCAGAAAAAAAUCAACACAUUUCUGGAAAAUGAUCUGGGACUUUUUAUUUCAAGGAUUUUCUCGGGGAUUUGGGAAAACUACACGCACAUCUUGAAUCAUUCCCUAGAAAGGUGCAACGCUCCUUAGCGGACCACGGAGACCAAAGUCGUCAACAUGUCUAUGUGGGUGAUCUUACCUAUCAGCCUGCCUGUCUUCACCAUCACUGGAAUAUGGGUUGUAUAUGCUUUGGCUCUCUACAACCAGCAUGUCUGCCCUGUGGAAAACUGGCUCUACAACCAGUCGUGCGAGGUGACGCUGUCUCUACAGAGGGGUCCGGUGAUGUGCUGUACUCUGGACAAUGUCCCCCUCAUCAGUAAGUGUGGCACCCUUCCCCCUGAGAGUUGCUUCUUCAGCCUCGUCUGCAGUACUGGAUCCUUCAUGGUGAUGCUUAUCGGGCUCCUGCAUUAUGGCCAUGUCAUAGAGAAGCACCAGAACUGCGUUCUGAACACGGCCGGCCUCUCGACCGGCUGGAUCUGCGCCGCAGGACUCAUCAUGGUGGGCAACUUCCAGGUGGAUUAUGCCAAGGUGCUUCACUAUGUGGGAGCGGCCGUAGCUUUUCCCACCAGUAUGCUGUUUGUGUGUCUUCAGUCAGGCCUGACCUACCGGCUGGCGAAGACCCAGGGGGAGCACAGCAUGGCCCACCUGAGACUGGGGAUGAGCACGCUAGCCUUCAUCACCCUGGUCCUUAGUGGUGUCUUCUUUGUCCAGGAGAGCUCUGUGCUGCAGCAUGCCUCUGCCAUCUUGGAGUGGCUCUUCUGCAUCAUCAUCAUGCUCUUUUUUGGGACGUUUGCCUUUGAGUUCAGGGGCGUCUCCGGAGACACCCUACUUGUGCUGGCCAGAGGAGGAAGAGGCUUCCCGGGAUUCUCCGGCACGGACAAUAAGGCUGACGAGGCCGGAGGCCCCAGCCACCACUUCCAACCAGAUGGCAUAGCCAUAUAGGCCAAUCAGAGGCUGGCUACAGCUCCACUGGCGAAUCACAAACAUGGUGGGAUGGGAAGAGUGGAGGCCUAACCAAACAUAGCCCUCCAGAGGGCAUGAUGGCUACGGACCCUGCGGAUUGUCCUGCUUUCUGUUGCAUUUACUGUAGUUAAAGCAGCCAAAGCUUUUGUAACCAAACCCCCGAAGACUAAUAGUAUGUUAUUGGUUUAUUUGUACUACGAUAUGGCGGACAGUACAGGGUGGAGUGCCUUCUGGAACAUUCUCGUUACUUGUCCUCUACUUUCAUUAUGUGAUCACUGUUGAUUACGCAAAUGCCUUGAGAGUACCUGGGAAGUCUGCUAUGAGUCCAGGUCCAUUAGGUUUGACCAUUUACACACUGGACACUGCAUUAUUUCAUUUACCUCUCAGGAAACUCUGUUAUAUCACCAACUAUAGCUAAGCACCUUUUAAUGGGACCUUAAAGGAAAGGUCAGUGUUUUAGUCCAACCACAGAGGCAUGGUUGUUUUCUGUGCUCAGUGAUGCCAUUGUGGGAUUGUGUUCAAAGACAAAUAGGGUGACCGGAGUUUUCGGGCCCUGGUGCUGACCCCCCUUCGGAGUAUGCAAUGUUCGUUGUGUUUUAUGCAUUAAUACCAGUAGGGGGCAAUCUGUACAAUGGUUUGAUCAAGAUUGUUACAGUGGAGAAGAUGAGGACUUGUAAGCAAACAAGUUAAAUCAAUCACUAUGCUGUAUUUCAAAGUAUUUUACUGUAUCAAAUUGAUGACAUGAACAAGAAGUGUUAUUACAAACAUUUUAAUCAAAAUGUUAUUUGAUGUCUGUUGGCCAAUGUUUCAGGUAUUAUUAAAUACAUGGACUAUUAUUUUUUACAUGAUCUAAAUUUGUUUAUUUACCACCUGGUUUGUAGUGAGUAAUUUCCCAAAUGUUUUUUGUAUCUUAUUGUGAGCAUAAUCAAUGUUCAGAAAAUAAUAAAACAAUUAUCUGAGAAGUAACUCUUGUGGAGACUAAUGAAAAGACAUGUUUGUUAAAAUGUUUUAUUCUUUAAAAGCUUAUUUACAAGUUUCACUCUUAUCUAUUGACAAGCUAUAUAUAUAUAGUUAUAUGCGAACCUGAGUACACCUGGUUUUAGAGCUUGAACAGUAAGGAGAGACACAAAAAGAUAGGGAGAGAGCAAUUGUUGCAACACAAGGUAACAGCAAUGACACUCGACAUUCUCAGUCGUUUUUUCUGGAUGGAAACAAUCCUUCUCUUUACUCUCAGAAAAAGCUAGCCUUGUGCCUUAUCUACAUUAGAUAUUUCUACAAUAAAAGUUGUGUAAACAUUUCAGAUUUACAGCUCCAUGUAAAUGACGUUUCAUAUAAAGCAUUUUAACUAAACUAUUAAACCUCUCUAAUUGAUCAACUUGA